AAAAUGGCGGCGCCCUUGGCCUGAAUAAAAUUUUUGCAAAUUUUGAUAUUUUCUAGUCUAUGCUAGGCCUAUUAGACUGGCAAAGGUGCAGGGACAGAGUCAGGAUGAAAUUGUUACGGAAGCCAUCAAGGAAGUACCAGGUGGUAUUAUUCAUUGCUAUGGCUGGAGGCCUCUAUCUAACAUUCCAAGUGCUCAUACUUCAAUUCAUUGAUGUACAGAAACCAAGUUGGAAUAAGAAAAAGACUGUACAAGACUUUGAACCACCACGGUUUGAUGAAGCAGGCCAUUGGAACAAGGAAUACCUGGAAUUAAAGAAAUUAAAAGAUGUUAUCAAUAAACAACGAAAGAAGGAGGGCCUGGAGAAAUAUAGAGAGGAUGUGUGGAAUAAAGAUGAGAACAAUAUACAUGAUCAAGAAAUAAUUAAUGCUCACCAUGAUGAAAAUAUUAAAAAGACAACUAGUACUACUCUCAAACAAACACAAAUUAAUGCUAAAAAUAAACUGUCCAUAGAUGUUGUGAAGCAAGAAGGAAAAUUGUUAAAUAUGUCAGUUGGAUAUAACGAUGGGAUAUCCAAUCAAAAAGACAGAAAGAGAAAUCAAAAAGAUGAAAAUAAAAUAAUUAAAAGUGACAAUUCCAUUGAGGUUAUACCAAGAGGAGUACUUCCCAUAAUGGCUGAAAACUAUCAAUCAAGUGUACAUUUAAAAUUCCGCUGUAUUCAUUCCAAGGAUGAGAUUCCAUUUACCCAUGUGAAUGAUGAUUAUUGUGACUGUGAAGAUGGCUCAGAUGAACCAGGCACUUCAGCUUGUAGAAAUGGCAGAUUCUUUUGUAAAUACCAAGUGGACCUUAGAAAACCGAUAGCAGUAUCAUCAUCAGUGGUGAAUGACGGAAUAUGUGAUUGCUGCGAUGGCUCAGAUGAAUGGAGUGGUGUGGUACUUCCGAAAGAAAUCCAAGUCACAGAUCAGAAUGCAGCAUUACCAGUCUUCCAUGCUCCCUGUCAGAAUCGGUGCCAUGCGGUGGAACAACAGAAGGCUAAAGAUAUCCAGCUCCACAAACUUGGUGCUAGGUUGAAGCAAGAGUACAUUAAAGAAGGAAAGGGAGAAAAUGAAAAGAUCUAUGGACCAGAUGCAGUGUUCUUCAAACUAAGUCAUAAAUGCUUUGAGAUUAAAGCGCAUGAGUAUGAGUACUCAGUAUGUCCGUUCAGGCACGUCAAACAAAUAAAGUUUCCUUCAUCUUCUAAAAUGUUAGGUAGAAAGACCCGCUGGAUUACACUGGAAAAGGAUCACUAUGUGUUAGGAGUGGAUGAUGGGGAUCAUGAUGGUUGUGUAGCUUGGCCUAGGCACUCUGUGAUUACAUUUGAGUGUGGCUUAGAGGAUCGGGUUGUGAGUGUUCAAGAGGCUGACAGAUGCAAGUACGAGUUCAAGUUCUUAACACCAGCUGCUUGUUGAAUCAUUCCUGAAUAACAUCCAUUUAAAGACUCUAAUUUCAAAGCCCUACUACUACAACUGGGACGUGGAAUUAUUUUAUUUAACUUCUGCUAGAUUCAUAGAAAGUACCUUAUGACAAUACGCAAAGGGAGUAGAAGGGAGAUAAGUUGAAGAAGUUUAAAAAUAUUGUCACAUUUUUGCUUUUUGAAUCUUCAUUGACUAUAAUAUUUAAUUUUGUUAAAAAUAAAAUUAUGAUUGUAACGAAAACAUAGGCAUGAUUUUUGAAAAAAACUGCUACCAACAUUUUAUCGUCUCUUUCCUUUUAGUUCCACUCACUUUAAAGAUGAAAUUUCCAGAUACAUAUACUGACUUCAAUGUCUUGUAUAAUGAUAUAAUGUGAAGACUAGAUGUAAUAAAUUAACACUUGUCGAUCUACAUUAUUAAUUCACUUUUGUGCUCAACUAGAAGUGUUGAAAGUUGAACUUUCCUCAUAUUCAUAUCAUAAUAUAUUUUUCGAAGGCAAUACACUUCACAAAAAUCAUUGACUACCAAGUAUACCCUCAGGACUUUAGGCAAUACAUAAAGUACAAAAAUCAGGAGAUGUCAAGAAUAUAUUUGCCUAAAAUAAUCCUUAUGCAGAUCAAUUGUUAAUAUUGGCUUCCCACUUUGAAUUUUUUGAGGAUUUCAUAAAAAGUCAAAAGUCAGCCAUUGAGGACUUUAUUUAUGGGCAUAGUCUCGUACAAUAAUUAUAGGCUAAAUGUUAUUGCAAAUUGGCUCGAAAAGUGUUGUAUUAAGUAUGCGGUUGAAAUUAAGUAUGUUUUCAACCACUUACAGUCCAAUAAUAAAUUAUUGUGCCUACACUGCUUUUAGCUC